AUGGAUGCCAAUCAGACCAUCCAUACUCAACUAAAAGAUAAAAAUUCCAUUGUGUCAAUAUCAAUAGAACCAAAAAGAGGUAUCCCAAAUGUGUUCACUGUUGUUAAACUAGAUGAUAAUGAUGAAAACUUUUUAUUCACAUCCACCAUCAGUAACAUUACGCUUUCGGCAAUUAUUAAAUAUGACCAUUUCUUUGCUAGUAUACAAUUACCAGUUCAAGAAUCAACUUUGGAACGUUUUGUAGCUGAAAAUUACAGUGCCGAUAGGAAAGGUUCUUUAUUGGAUCAUUUAUUAAAGUCAUUUGGUGAUGCAGGUAAGGUUUAUGAAACUAUCACUAAAAGCGCAAUUGGAGAAAAUGCGGAAUGGACAGAUUUUUAUACUAGUAUUUUAAUACCUGCUUUCCAGAAAUUUCAAAAAUCAGAAAAAGUUGAGUUGAGUGAACAAGAUACAAAAACUUUUAUUGAUAUUGCUAAACCAACUAUUGGUGGAAGACCAAUGUUUUCAGAGAGAACCGAUCCACAAACAACAGGUUCUUCAUCAAGCUCCAUGAAAUCUUCAUCCAAACCAUUGCCCGAGGAGUUACCAAAAUUUGAUGAUGAAUAUGAAUUACAACGUCGCAAAAUCCAUGAGGAUUUUAUCCAAAGACCUUCAUCCUCUUCACCAUAUGCUCCAAUUGGUGAUCGUGAUUUACAUCCAUUUGGUCAAUAUCCUCCAAUGAGACCAAAUUUGGGUCCAGAAGCUGGUUCUCAAUCAGGAGGUAUGAUUCCAGAUAGAAACCACCCAUUAUUUAGACAACCAUCAGGUGGUAGAGGUGGACUAGAGGGUAGAGGUGAUCAUCCACCAGGCUCAAGAUAUGAUGAUCCACUGGGAAGAGAUGAUUUUGAUGCUGUGGGGAAAGGUUUACCAGGUGGAAUGGGACUUGGUCGCAAUAGUGGAGCUGGUCCAUUUGGAGGAAGUGGAACUCCAUUUGGAAGAUCAAGUGGCUUUGGCGGUGGUUUCAUUUAG